GAUGUCUCCAACACACACGCUUUUGCAGGCUGAUGUGACAGGCGCUUACCUGCAGUCCCAGCUCGGAGGACGGCCGGUAUGGAUUGUCUUACCUCCGAGCUUGUGGCCGACAUGGUGGUCCGAGAAAGGCUACAAGCAGCCCGUGUUGCGUUUACGGAAGGCUUUAUACGGAUUGCAGAGGUUUGGUUUUGAUUGGGCCAAGAAGGCCCACAGCGUCCUUACUGCAGCCGGCUGGACUGUCAUUCCGGAUGUUGUCGACGCUGUGUACAUCAAGCGAGACGGCUCCAAGGUGUGCAUCAUGGCGUUGUACGUCGAUGACAUUUUGGCCAGUGGGCCGAGUGACAUGUUGUCGGAAGCCUUGAACGCCAUCAGAGGACAUCCAUGAGCUGGAGCGGCGCGUGGCGCAGGAUAGGAUUUGCUUGCGCAAUGAGGAGGCGUGUGCUUAGUGUUUUUUCAUUGACGCGCACAAAUCCCAGAUCAUUCACGAGGAACGUUUAUCCCAUGAAGUGGGAUUGUUGUCUCCGCACAAAGUUUUAAGGCCUCUGCGGGCCCGCCCGGGGAUAUUUGAACACGGGGGGGUCUUAACAAAUCGUGGUCCCCCCCCGGGCUCCCAGAGGCUCUGCGGGAGGUCUGGACCAAACGGUU